ACGCGAUACCUAAUUCUCAUUUUUGUAUCGAACUCCCUCUUCGUGCGCAUCGCGCUGCACUUCAUGCAGUACUCGUUUGUUGCCGAUUUGGAUUUGUUCCACACCCUUAUGUAUUGUGUACGUUGGAUGUUGGAUUCACGUUCACGUUGUUCACGUUCUCUUAAACCAUUUCCUCACUCGUAAUGUGUCAAGAAAGCUGUCGAGCCUCAGAGGCUAAAUAAACUUGGAACAAAUUCAUUGAGUCAUCGUUUGAUACAAAAACGAUCUGACAUCAUGUCGAAGGAACAUAUUAAUUUACCCAAAGCUCCGAGAGAUCUAUGCUUCUCGGAGCUCGAUUUUAUUCAACAAAAUUUCAAUGUGGACACUUUCCUUCAAGAGCAUAGGAAGAGUACGAAAUUGGAAACGAUGCGAGAUGAUCUCGGGAUAUACUUGAAACUACUCAGGUCUGCUAUGAUCGAUUUGAUUAACAGAGAUUACACAGAUUUUGUAAACCUAUCGAGUAACCUGAUCGGCUUAGAUAAAGCGAUCAAUGAUUUACAAACCCCUCUAGGACAGUUAAGAGAAGAAGUGAUGCAAGUGAGACAAACGUUAGACGAUGAAAUUAUGGCUAUUACUGAUAACGUAAAUGAGAACAAGAAGAUCAGGGAAUAUAAGCAAAGCAUAUUCAGUUUGCAACACAUUUACAAGUCUCUAAACAAGCUGUACUCAAUAUUAUCUUUGACAACGUUUCUGGACAGUCCUGCAAAGAUAGAUAUCCUGGAGCAAGCUGCGGCGGAAUUUAAUCAGUUGCAAUUUCACGUAUCCAGAUGCAAACUGGACGCUGUUUACGACAAGCAGAAAGAAGGUGAGAAGCUUGAACAGUCUUACGUGACGCACCUGAACGAAUUCUUCCUGGCGUGUGUGCAAGAGAAGAACUCAGCUCUGUUAAUCCGUUGUUUAAAAAUUUAUAUUACUCUUGACAAGAUAACCGAUGCCGAGAAUUUAGUGAAGACGGAGAUCGUUGACCCAUUGAUUCGUGGUGUAAUUAACAUAGAGAAUUUACAAACCGACGGGCUACAGAAUAUAUACAACAGAUUGUUGAAUAUUCUAAGCGUAGAGCUGAAGCAAUUGUUGGAUAUCACAUUACACCCAAAUAGAUCGUCUGUAACAGGUUUUAACUUCUUGGUCAACAGUUUUUGGGUCGACGUGGAGGAGAAAAUCGAGCAGUAUAUAAAAUGUAUUUUCGCUCCCGGAGAUCCCGUAUUGUUCCACGCCAGGUACACAGCGACCUUGGAGUUCUUAGAGAAACUGGAAGCUGAGUGUGUCACGCUCGAAUCGCUGACUGCGUUGAAAGAAAAUUCACGGUACAAGAACUUCCUGAAGAAGUGGAAUUUACCAGUGUAUUUUCAAAUCAGAUUUCAAGAGAUAGCUAAUGGGAUCGAAACGGUGUUGAGCGAACCGAUAUCGUCGACUUCUGUGAGAGGCACUCCGGAAUCGCUCACGCGAAAUGAUUUUUCUCUUCACGCUACACUCGUCGUAUGGGAAAAUCUACAAAGAAUUUGGGACAACAGUGUGUAUCUGUGUCAGCUAUUUCACAGAUUCUGGAAGUUCAGUCUCCAGAUAUGUGCCCGGUAUCAGACGUGGAGUGAAACGGUGCUGGAAGAAGUUUGGCCUAUAGAGAAUGAAAUGGGGAACCUGAGCAAAGUAGAGCACUCCACGAGGCUUAACUUUUUAAUUUGUUUGUACAAAGAUGCAGAAAAAUUUGUGAACAUACUUCCAUCUCUGCUGGAGAUAGCUCGAUCGAAACUUAAAUUGGAGACUCCGACGGUGUUGAAACUAUUAGAAGAUUCGCUCGGCGAAACGAUCAAGAAUUUGAAAACGAUUUGGCCGAAGAUCACGGAGGAAAUCGUGAACGAACUGUUGAAACGGUGCGUGGCGCAUUUGAAACAAGUCAGUGACAUACCGAGAUUGUUUAGACGAACAAAGAGGGACGUGCCAACGAAGCCGUGUCCUUACGUAAAGAAUGCUCUCGCGUUUCUGAUCAACUUCCAUACCGAUUACAAGAAAGUGAUACCGGAAGAUGUUGACGAUUGGCUGAAACUGGCUCUCUCAUCGUUGACUGAGCAUUAUCUAGCUUCCGUGACGGACGUUCUAACUUCCGUGCAAAAGACUGAGGAGAGUUUGAGAAGAUUGAAGAAGAUACGCGAUAAAUCUACGGGAUCUCUUUCGUCCGAAGUUCAAGGCAUCAGCGACGAUGAGAAGAUAAGAAUUCAGUUACAAGUCGAUGUACAAGCGUAUGCUAACACGAUUACGGAGAUGGGAAUUUCAACGUCCAGUGUUCUCCACGUCAAUGAAUUGUUGAACGCUGUUGCAGCGGCAGUGAAAAGGUAAUACCCAAAUGAAUUAAAACAAGACCUCUCGUUUCACGUUACACGCCUGAACGCGUAUAAGAUGUACAUAUUUACAUACAGCUGCAAUAAAACAGUUAUGUUACUUUCUCCGUUUA